AUGCAUUUAUUACUUUAUACUCUCUUUUUAGUAUUCGUAGCCAUCACUUCUGCAUUUCCUAAUGGGGCUGGUACUUGUCUUUCAAAUCAAACGAUUAUCGAAGGUGUACCAUAUCAACCUAUGGGUAGGCUCGAUGACUCUUUAGGUUAUGGCCUUAACGUUCGAAUGAAGAACAAUCAAUAUAUUCCAAAUGGUCCACCAGUUCGCAUUCAAAUUACUGGAAAAAAACCUUUCAAAGGUGUCUUAUUAUAUGCUAUAGAUUCUUCUAAAAAUCAUGUUGGUCAAUGGAUUCUUCGACAUGGUUUCAAAUUUAAAAAAAAUUGUACCGGCGAUCCAAAAGGAACACUCACCCAUAAUUGUCCAACAGAAAAGCAACCUGGUAUCAAAUUUAAGUGGAGACCUCCGCCAAUGGAUGUUGGUCAAAUCACUUUCGUUGGUACAAUUGUUGUUAGUACCGAA